AUGAAAACUUUUGCCUUUUUAUAUAAAUUAAAUAUAAAUGAAAAAAAUGAUCAAAGUGAAAAUUUUCUUUUUUCUUUACACAUUAACAAAACAUAUAUUUAUAUUGGAUCUACAAACGGAAGGAUAUUUAUUUUAAAAAAAAAAAGAUGUUUAUUUGAUCAGAUUAUUUAUGUAAAUGUAAUAAAAAUUUCCACAAAUAAAAUUAUAACAGCGAUAUGCAUAAUUGAUAAAUUUAGUCUUUUAAUAAAUGGAACAGAUGAUGGAAAUAUAUUUCUUAUAAAAAAUAGGAGAUUAAUAAAAGGAAAGGAAGAAGGAAAUAAAAAAAAUAUAAUUAAAUUAAAUAAUAGUUUUCAUAAAAAUGCUAUAACAAGCAUCAAGUAUUUAAUAAAAGAUGAUUCUUUAUAUAUAUUUAUUGGAGAUAUAGAUGGUGUAUUAUCAUGUUUUAUUUUAAAAAAAAAUAAAAAUAAAAUAGUAAAUGAAACGGCAUUAUUACUUAUUGAUAAAGUUAAUGGAGGUAUUAGCCAUAUAGAAAUUUCACAAAAAAUAAUUUUAGUAACAUGUGAAAAAUUUAAUGCUAUUGUAAAUAUUGAUGAAGUUAUUUUGAAAAAAAAGAUAAAUUUUAAAAAUAUAGGGAAAAAAGAAAAUAAUAAUUAUAAAUCAGUAUUUUGGAAUACUAAAAAAAAAAAAGCUAUGAUUUUAAGUUUAAGAAAAAAUGGUAGAAUAUGGUUAAGUAAUGAAGAAAGGGUUAUAAAUACCUUAGUCUAUUAUUAUUCUUUUUUUUAUUUUUUUUAUUUAUUUUUUUUUAAUUCUAAAAAUAAUAGUUUUUCUUUUAAUUAUUACAAAAAUUAUUUUCUGAAUAACAAAUAUUUUAUUAAUUUGUUAGAAAUAAUUUUAACAAAAUUUCCUAAUUUUAAUAUUCCUUUAAAGCCGAAUUUAAAUGCUUGUUAUAAAAUUAAUAAUACUUUUUUUAUUUUAUUUGAACAAACUAAUCCAUUUUUUUUUCUUAAAAAUUUAUGUAAUAUUAACAAUAAUUCAAAUCAAAUUGAAAAAAAUGAAGAAAAAGAAAAUAUGAAAAAGCUCAAUUUAUCAAAUGACAUUAAUAGUAUUAAAGGAUUUUUAAAAAAAAAAUUAUUAGAUGAAGAUAAUAUUGAAAAUAGAAAAUGCUUAUCCUUUAUAAUAAAUAAUUUAAAUGAUACAGAAGAAAUAUUAAAUAAAAUAAAAAGUAAAAAAAUCCUCUUAAUUAAUAUUAAAAGUAUUCAAAUUGAAGAAAUUUUAGAUAUUGAUGUGAAAUAUUCUUAUUCUUUAUAUAAAACUAGUAAUUAUAUUGAUAACAAAAAAAAAUAUAGUAUUUUAAAUGAAAAAGAUGAAAUUUUAAAUAAAAUAAAUGAUAUUCAUACCUAUUACAAGCAUGAAAAUAAUAUUUCAGAAAAUUGUAACAGUGAGAGAAAUAUUGAAGUAAAUUUAUAUAAAAUAAAUGAAGAUAGAAUUAAUACAAGCAAUAAAGGUAAUGUUAAUUUAAAUAAUAAUAAUGAGAUUUAUGUAAAUAACACUAAGGUAAAUACAAUUAAUAAUUUUGAUAAAAUAUAUAGAACUUCUAUUAAAGAAUAUAUGUAUGAACAUUAUUUUAAAAAGGAUAGAAUUAUUGAUUCUUUUUUAUCAAAAAAUAAGGUAUAUUUAUUAUAUUAUAAUAACAACUUAAUUGAAGAUUUUUAUUUUACAUUAAAUAUGAAUGAUAACAUUUUUACAUCCUUUAAUUUUAUAAAUAGAUACAAUUGUAACAAUAAAUUUAAUUUUUAUUUCUGCGAAAUUUAUUUAGAAGAAAAUUUCCAAUUGUUGAAAUAUUUAAGAUUUCAAAUAGAAAAAUUAAAAAAAUUAAAAAAUUCUUAUUUUUAUAUUUUUUAUUUUUUUGUCAAUAUUUUUCAUUGUUAUUUAAAUGAUAGAAAAAAAUUAUUUGAUAUAAAUUUUUUUUUCUUUAUCGAAAAAAAUUUAAUUACAAUUAAUCAGAAUUGCUACAUAGAAAAUGUCGAAGAUAUAUUAUUAAGAAAUGUGGAAAUUAUGAAAACAAAUAUCAGAAGCUUAUUUUCUUUUUCAGAUAAAGAAAUUAAUAGUUUAUUAAUAGACAAAAAUUAUAUUUAUAGAAAUGAUUUUUAUGAUGAUAAACUUUUUAUUAUUGAUUUUCAUUAUUAUCAUUUUGACAUUAAAAAAAUAAAAAAAUUAUAUAACAUGAUGAAAAUAAUAAUUAUAAAAUAUAAAUAUCUUUUUAAUAAAAUUAUCAACUUUAUCAUAUUUUCUAGGUUUCAUAAUAAUAGUGAGCAAGUUUCUGAUACUAAUAAAAGCAAAGAAGAUACAUACAUUUAUAAAUUCAUUAGUUUUAUUGAAAAUAAUAGUUAUUUACUAUAUAAUAUUUUAUAUUAUUUUUAUAUAUUUUUAUAUUUAGAAAUUAUUAUUACCAAUUAUACAUAUAGAAAUAAUAUAUGUCUAACUAAUUUUCCUUUGUGCUUUGAAAACAAGAGAGAAAUAAUAAAAGAAAAAAAUCAAUUAGCUUGCAUAUAUGAAAAAAUACAUAAAAAUAAAGUAAUAUAUAAGAAGAAAAAAUAUUGUGAAGAAAAUAGAGAGAAUACAAAAAUGAAAAACAAUAACAAUGAUGAUGAAAAUAAUGAUGACUAUGAAAAUAUAAAUAAAAAGUUAAGCUACAGAAAUAUUAUAAAUUCACACAAAAAUCCCCAAAAAAAUUAUAUAAAAAGAUGCAAUAAAAAGAAAAGAAUUUUAUUAAACAAUAUUUUUAUAAAAAAUAAUCAAUUAUAUGAAUUAUAUUUGUUGGGAGCAUACAAUUACCUCAGAAAUGCAAGUGCGUAUUCACUGAAUUUAAAAGUAAAAAAAAAAAAAAAUCUGAAAAAAAGUAUAAUUUUUUAUAAAUUAUUUCAACAUUUUAGGAAAAAAUAUUUAUUUCUUGAACUGAAUAGAAAUAUUACAACCUUGGAAAUUUAUAAUUUUUUUUUGAUAUUUAUUUUUGUUUUAUAUACUUCCAAAAUAAAUAGGGAAUAUAGUUACUAUAAAUUUUUUGAAAAAUUAAAAUUCUUAAAAUGUGUUAAAGAAAAGGAAAAACCCAUUAAAUAUACACAAAUAAAUAAAAAUAAAAAAAAAGAAAUAUUCUUCAGUGAUAAUCAUUUAAAGAAAAUAAUGUUUUUAAAAAAAAAAUAUGUUUAUAGUAUUAAUAACGAAAUGGAAGAAGAAAAGGAAAAACGUGCUUAUAACUAUGAAAAUCGUCAACACGAUUAUGAAAAUAUGCAGAAAUUUUCAAAUAUGUUUUAUUUAACCAAGUACAUUAAAAAUAUAUAUAAUUAUUAUAAAAAAGAAAAGGAAAAAAUCAGUAUUCACGAGUUUUUAAAUUGUACAAGAAAAUUAUAUUUUUACAAAAAAGUUUUAGAAGGAGUAUACAUUAUAAAUUUAAGUAACUAUAUACAAAUUUAUGAUUAUUUUUUGCUAUAUGAAACUUUUUUUAAAAUUUUUAAUUUAGAUGUAAUUUUAGUUAUUUUAUCUAAAGAUUAUAAAAUAAAUAACACAACAAAUGAUUUGAUGAAAUCAUUAUUUUUUAAUCAUUACCAAAAUAUGGACAAAAAUAACAUAAGCCAUAUAAAUAUUAUGACAAAUAAAGAAAUGGAAUAUUUUGAAAAAUUAAACAAAGAAGUUAUAAAUAAUAAUGUAUUAUUAUUAGAUAUCUUAUUAACUACUUUUAAUAAUAUAUACGUUACUUCAAAUAAUCAUUUAAAAUUUUCAGCUAAAAAAUUUUUUACAUUCACUUAUUUAAAUGAAUACAUAGAUUAUAUUAAACAAGAAGAAAUGAGAGAAUAUAAAAACAAUAUUAUUUUAAGAAAAGAUAGCAAUUUUUUAUACUGUUGUCAAAAUGAGAAUUAUAUAAAAUACGGAAAUUAUUAUAUGCAUUAUAAUUUAAAUAAUAAUAACUGUUUCACCAAUUAUGAUUAUAUAAGCGAUAUUAAUUCUAUAAGAAAUAAUUUAAAUAUAAUAAAAUCAGAAAAAAAUCAGAGAAAUAAAUAUCUAAAAUCAAAAAAGAAGUAUAUAAAGAAAAAUAAGUUUGAUUGUUCUAAAGGAAAUAAUCAAUCCAAAUAUAUAUUGUGUAAAACAGAAAAAAAAAUUUAUAUUCAAUAUAUAAAGACAAAAUUAAAUGAAUAUAUUUUAUUAAAUAAUAAAUACAAUUUAAAAAAUAAAAAAGAUGAUUUUGUAACUAUAUUUUUUAAAAAUAUAGACAUAUAUAAUUAUCUUAAAAUUUUUUAUUUUUUAUGCAAAGCAAAAUAUAAUUAUUAUUUAUAUUUAAAAAAAAAAUUAGAAAGAAGAAGAAAAGUAAAUAAAAUGAAUUAUGAUAGUAAUAAUAAUAUUCAGAUAAUUCCAAUGAAUAAGAAUUCUUUAAGGAAUAAAGAUAAAUUAGUUAAAAUGAGCACUUACUCUCAGAUGAAAAAUAAAUUGAAUAUUUUGAAUUACGAGUAUUUUUAUAAUUUAUAUAAAAAAAGAUUAAUUUUUUUUAAGGAAUAUGCAAAGUAUAAAUAUAUUAAUAAUAAAUUUAGCUUGUGCUCAAAACGAAUUAGAAUACAAAAAAAAAAAUUUUUGAAAAUUAUUAAUAGUGAAUGGAGUAGUGAAUUGUGUAUUCAAUUUUUGAUUUAUCUAAAAAAAAAUAUCUAUUAUAAAUUCAUAAGAAAAAAAAGUUUAAUUAUUUUAUAUCAAAUAUUUUAUGUAUUAAUUCUAUUAAAAUGGAAGAAGGCAUUAUUUUUACUUUUACAUAUAUUUAGAAAAAAAAGUCAUGAAAUUAUUUUUUUUUUGUUACUUUUAAUAAAGCUUCCUUUUAAACAAAAUUAUAUCAGUUUUACACUUUCUGAAAAAAGUAUCACUCUCUUUUAUGAUAAAUAUAUCUAUAUAUUAAAAAAUAAAUUGAAAUUUCAAAAUAUAAUUUUUCCAUUUUUAUUACAAGUUAAUAAUAAUAGCUAUAAUUUCUCAUUUAUAAUGUUGUUAAUUAUAUUUUUUUUUUUUUUAGAAAAAUCCUUUUUUUUUAAAAGUAUACUAAAAUCGAAAAAAAAAAUGCUUGAUAAUUAUUUUUUGUUAAAUUUAUUUUUUUUUAAGAAGAGUAUUUUUUUAAGGAAAUAUAUUUUUCCAAUUAAUUUUUUUAAAUCUUUUCAUUCUAAUGCAAGUUUUUUUUUUUCAGAUCAAUAUUUUAUUAAAUCUAUUUUAAAAUCAUGUUACAAAUUAUUAAAUUUCGAAGAGUCUAAUUAUUUAAUUGUAUUAAAUAAUUCUAUUUAUUUUCAUUUUAUAAAAUUAUUAUACUUUUUUAAUAUUAAUUGCUUUAAUUUUUUACAUUUCCAUUUCUUCUUUUUUAUGUUAAUAUCUUCCUUUUAUAUAGGAUAUUUUGCUGAUUUCAAAUAUUUUCUGCAAUUUUUUAACGAAGCAUUUUCUUCAAUCUCUUAUAAAUUACAAUUAAUAAAUAACCAAAAUGAAGAACAGAUAAAUCACAAAAAUAAAAUAGCAUCUCAUCAAUUUGAAAAAAACUCAAAUUAUAUAAAUAACAAUCAUAAUUAUUUAUAUUUAAAAAAAUAUGAACAAAAAAAUACAGGAAAUUAUUACUAUAAUAUUAUGAAUAAAAAGUUGGAUACCCAUUUUUUACAAACAAAAAAAAUUAAUUCUUCCAUGGAUAAAAAUAAUAGUAACAUACUAAUAUAUAAUUACAUUUUAAAUAAAGAAAAAAUCAAUUUAUAUGUAGGUUACAACUUGAAUUUUGUUGAAGACAAAAAUAAAAAAAUUGAUUUUCAGGAUGAAAAUAUACUUAUUAGUAUUAAUUAUUUAAUUAAUUUUUUUUAUGAAUUAUUACUAAAACUUUUAUGUGAAAUAAAUUUAAAGUUGUAUAAUAAAAAAAUUGAGCUAUUUAUAUUACCUAAUAAUAGAAAUACUGAUUUAUAUAUUAAAAUUAAUGAAUUUAUAAAUACUUUUUAUGGGAAUUGCAUAUUAAUAUAUAAUAAAAAUAAUAAAGAUAAUAUAUAUAACAAUACUAAUAUUGCAAAUAAAAGUAAUUUAAAUACUUACGAUAAAAAAAAUAAAAUUCAUAUAUUUUUAGAAAUAAUUAAUUUAUUUUUUAGUAUAUAUCAUUCUUUGCUUUCUAUUAAAAUGUGUUUCAAAAAAAAAAGAAUAGUUUUUAUAAAUAAAAAAAAGCAAUAUAAAAAAUAUCUAUUAAUCAUAAUUUUUGUGCUAUUUUUUAAUGUAACAAGUCAAAAAGGAAAUAAGAAAAAUAUGCUAUUAUUUUAUAAAAGUAAUAUAAAUACUAAUAAUAAUUUCAAAAUAAAAAGGAAAAUAAUAAAAAGAGAAAAAUCAUUAAACAUAUUAUGCUGUGUACUUUGCAUUGCUCACUUUAUUAAUUAUUUUAAGUAUAUAAGAAAAAAUAUAAAAACAAAAUUUCUUUUUAUAAUUAAUUAUUUCAUAGUAAACUAUAAUGUUUUUUAUUUAAAGCAAAACAACAAAAAAUCUAUGUCAUCCAAAAAUAUUCAUAAAAUAUACAAAACCAUAAUGAAAAACUUACCUAAAAAUAUUAAAUCAGUUAAAUGA